UAAAGGUGUUUCAGAGAUAGCACGAUUUCAAAUAGAACUUGUAAUAAAGUAGCUAGGAAUUAUUUCUUGCAAUGAAGAGGACGUUCUGUUUUAUCGUAUUUUUGUUUGUUCUUAUAAUACAGUGUUACGCUCAGUUUUCAUCCACGGGUAAAGACAACUUCAUUCACAAAGAUGGAUAUUGCAUAAUGUAUGAUGAAUGUGCCACUAAUGUUCUUAACAAGAAAAAUUUAAACUGUUUUUACAACGGAAAAGCAAAAAAAUUAGAAGAACAAACUGGCUUGGAUAUCUUGUUGCAGUUAUGUCCUUACAUGUAUAAAGGCCCCAACUUGACUUACACAUGCUGCAGCACCAAACAACUCCAGACACUUCAGAGUAACUUACAACUACCUUACCAAUACCUCUCAAGAUGUCCUGCUUGUUUCAGCAACUUCGUGGCCAUGUUUUGUGAAAUGACUUGCAGCACAGAUCAAAGUACCUUCACCACUCCAGAAACUUUAAAAAAUACAUCAACUGACACAAUCCACAUGAUAAAAAACCAAACUUAUGUUUCUACGUUGUCCUACACCAUGACCAACCAAUAUGCAGAAUCCAUGUUUAAUUCAUGUAGCCAUGUGAGCAGUCCAUCCACGAACACACCAGCGUUAAAUCUUUUGUGUGGGCCUUAUGCUGACAAAUGUAAUGCACAGAACUGGAUCACCUACAUGAACAGUAUCAGUAAUGGCCUCGCUCCAUUUCAAAUUGACGUCACAUUUUCAAACGACACAAGUGUUGGAAUGAAUUACCAAACUGGCAAAUGCAACGAGACACAAAGAAAUGGAGACGGUGCAUGCAGUUGCAAUGAUUGCCCAACAGCAUGUGCAGGACCCCCCCCACAACCCCCCAAACCAUCUCCACCAUGGACAAUAUUUGGCAUUGACGGAUAUUAUAUUACAAUGACAUUUGUUUAUGGAGGAUUUUGCGUUGUUUUCUUAUUCAUGGUGUUUAUAAUGCAUCUGUGCUGUAAGAGUGGAAAUAAAUAUUCAACCUUUGAUGAAUCGUGUUGUACUGUGGUUGAUGAUAGCACUGUGAGUGCCCGUGAUGACGACCUUGGGGUCAGAACAACCAACAGUCUUGACAAACCAUUGGAUUGUGAAGAUGAAUUAGGAGUUGUGGAAAGGUGGGGGUUGUAUCUUGAAAAUGGACUCAGAUCCGCUUUCCGAAAAUGGGGAAUAAUUUGUGCAAGACAUCCAUUUAUUAUCUUGCUUGCUGGGUUUAUAUUGGUUGGUGUGUCUGCGUUUGGUUUAAAAUUCAUGACAAUAACGACCGAUCCAGUUGAAUUAUGGUCAGCGCCAUCAAGCGAAGCUCGAUUAAGAAAAGAUUAUUUCGAUCAACACUUUGGUCCUUUCUACAGAACUGAACAAAUGAUAAUCACUGCAAAGAAUAGUUCAACCACUUACUAUCAACCAUACUCUUCAAGUAGUACGGGAGAACAAGUCAAUGUUACAUUUGGUUCCAUUCUAAGAAAAGAUGUCUUGCAUGAGAUUUUAGAUUUACAGCUUGAAGUUGAAAGGUUGACAGCAAAGCUUGAUGAUGAGACGGUCACUUUGAAAGAUAUUUGCCUUAAACCACUCGCACCUUAUAAUAAUAACUGCACCAUUAUGUCAGUGGUUAACUACUUUCAAAAUGAUCACGCCACCCUUGAUAAGGAAGCUUAUUCCGAGGGAGGAUUUUUCUUUGAAGCCGAUUAUCAUGACCACUUGAUGGCAUGCCUGAGUGGAGCAGCUUCAAUAGAUGAUGCAACAAAACUACAUCUGUCUUGUUUGGGAACAUUUGGUGGGCCUGUGUUCCCAUGGGUUGCUUUGGGUGGAUUUAAUGGAACUAAUUACUUAGAAGCAACUGCAGCAGUUGUAACAUUUCCCGUUGUGAAUUAUUAUAACAACUCUAAAAAAUUAGCCAAGGCAAUGGCAUGGGAGAAAAGGUACAUUGAGUUCAUGAAGGAAUAUGUGAAGAGGAAUGGUAGCAAACUUAACGUUGCAUUUACAUCGGAACGGUCCAUUGAAGAUGAAAUUAAUCGAGAAUCUGGAGCAGAUGUGAUGACCAUUAUAGCUUCGUAUCUCAUUAUGUUUGCUUACGUUGCAAUUGCACUCGGAAGAUUUGGAAGUUGUAGGCUUGGAAGAACAAUGGUUGAUUGUCAGUUAACUGUUGGUUUAUCUGGUGUGAUGAUUGUGUUGUGUUCAGUUGUCAUGGCACUUGGUAUAUUCAGUUAUGCUAACGUGCCACUCACUCUUAUCAUUGUUGAAGUGAUUCCAUUCCUUGCAUUAGCUGUUGGUGUGGAUAAUAUAUUUAUACUGGUGCAACAUUAUCAGCGGGAUAACUGGCAACCUCGUGAAACUCCUGAAGAAAGAUUGGGACGAGUUCUUGGUGAAGUCGCUCCAAGUAUGUUCAUGUCUUCAAUAUCAGAGACGGUUGCUUUCUUCUUAGGAGGUUUAUCAACAAUGCCUGCUGUGCGUACAUUCUCCAUGAUGGCUGGUCUUGCAAUAUUCUGUGAUUUCUUGUUACAAAUAUCUUGUUUUGUUGCCAUACUUGCCCUUGAUAACAAACGACAGAAUUCAAAUCGAUUCGAUUGUUUGUGUUGUAUCAAAGACAAGGAGAAUGAAGAAAGUGAAAAUGAUGGAAUUCUUUAUUUAAUUGUGAAAAAUUAUUUUUCUCCUGCUGUUUUAUCAUCCUGUGUUAGACCAAUAGUAAUUUGCAUCUUCGCUGGGUUUGCGUGUUUCAGUGGGGCUGUGUUGCAUAAGGUUGAUAUUGGACUUGAUCAAUCAUUAUCCAUGCCUGAAGAUUCAUAUGUGCUUGAUUAUUUUGAUGGAAUGAACAAUUACUUGUCAGUUGGAGCACCAGUUUACUUUGUAGUAAAGGACGGGCAGAACUACACAGAUGCUGCUGGUGCAAACCAGAUAUGUGGUGGCAUGGGUUGUAAUAAUAAUUCACUUAUUGAACAAAUUGCAAGAAUGUCAAAGAUGCCUAACUAUUCCCACAUUGCUUACCCUGCAUCUUCAUGGUUGGAUGAUUAUUUUGAUUGGUUGAAACCACAAUCCUCAUGCUGUAGGCAUGACAACACCGGCGAAGAAGAUGUCUUCUGUAAUGCAACGGUUGUCUCAACAUCUUGUAUCGCGUGUCGAUCUGCACAGGAGUCGGCAAACCAAAGUCGACCAACACCGGAUGAAUUUAUGAAAUUCCUCCCGUGGUUUCUUAAUGAUAACCCGGAGACAAAAUGCGCAAAGGGAGGACACGCCGCUUAUGGAACUUCAGUUAAAGUUAUUGAUGAAGGGAAAAAAUCACGAGUAGGAGCUACAAGUUUCAUGGCUUAUCACACUCUUACAAAAACAUCAAAAGACUUUAUCGGUUGUUUACGAAGUGCAAAUGAAAUUGCUGAGCAGAUCAGUCAAAAUACAACUGUUGAGGUGUUUCCUUACUCUGUGUUCUAUGUUUUCUAUGAACAAUAUCUGACAAUUGUGCACGACACAAUAUUUAACUUGGGUGUUUCAUUAGCUGCAAUUUUUGUUGUUGUGUUUUUCCUUCUUGGAUUUGACUUGCUCUCUGCUGUUAUUGUAGUUGUGACAAUAUUGUUAAUAUUACUUGAUAUGUUCGGGGCAAUGUAUUUGUGGAAUAUCCCAUUAAACGCUGUGUCCCUGGUCAACUUGGUCAUGGCGGUCGGUAUUUCUGUGGAAUUUUGUGCUCACAUCACUCGAGCAUUUGCGCUGAGUCAGCGAAUAACAAGAGUUGCACGUGCAGAAGAAGCAUUGGCUGAGAUUGGAAGUUCGGUACUGAGUGGAAUAACUUUAACAAAGUUUGUUGGCAUCGUGAUUCUUGCUUUCAGUAAAUCACAAAUAUUCAAAGUAUUUUACUUCCGCAUGUAUUUAUGCGUGGUAGUGCUCGGUGCGGGACACGGACUUGUAUUUCUUCCGGUGCUACUUAGUUACAUUGGUCCAAGGCGAAGGAAGGGACAAGGAAAGCAUAAGGUUUUAGUAAAUGAUGAUGUCGAUCAUGUUAAAAAUAUUAUGGAUGAUGGAAGAGACCCACUACAAACACGUGUAGUUGGAAAACCUCAAAAUAAAAUUGAUCAUCCUUCUGCUAUCAUGUCUCCACUUAACCAAUAAAUUACACAUCCCUUUCUCAGUUUAGCUUUAUUAAUACAGACGAUUGCAAAGGUGACGUGUUUUGUUGCAUAUUCAAUAUUUUUCAAAUUGAAAUAAUAAAAUGGUCAUUUCAUGUUCAAUAGCUUUUAUCUUGUAUCAGAUUAAUGUUGGUUAUUUUUUAAACUUACUGUGAUGUCUAAUUAUACUCACAAUAUUUGUUGUAUUUUGUGUUCAAAUGUGUACAGCCGUUAUUAUAGUUACAUUUUACUAAGUGACGGUUGUUUAAACAAUUUUAGCAUUUGUGGUAACUAUUGCCAUUUUAUGAGAUAUGUAACUGUUACGUUUAUUGCUCCGCUUAUGGACCUGGAUUUAGGCUUUUUCUGGUGAAUAGCAAAAUACCUGAGCCAAUCCUUUCUCAAAGUCCAAUAUAUAUUCUAAUAUGCUGGAAACUUAGAUUACAAUAAACUUAUUUGCUUGGUCAACAAUA